AUAAAUUGAUUUGUUUCAAAAAAAAAAAAUUAAGAAUUUGACGCUCAUCAAGGUAAGAACAAUAAAGAAAUUCAACAAAAAAUAAUAUAGUAUUUCAAAGAUACCCUUAUUUCACCUUUUCUUCCACCUUUUUGGGUUUAUCAUAGGAGCAUAUUUAUCUUUCUCGUUUCUUGAUUCGCCAUCUUUCUUUCCUCAUCAUACAACACAAACUCGCACACAAAAAUUUAAGUGGGGUUGGAAUUUGGCAUCAUUAAAAGUAUCCAAAAACCCAAGAAAAUCAAAUUCACAAUUUAUUUAUUUUUUUCAGAAUUUGAGAAAUUGUGUUAUUAAAAUAAAUAAACCCCAAAAAACACUCGGAAAACAUGUCAACCACCACCUCAUUGCGGCUGUUGUUGUCUCUGUCACCAUCUUCACCACCCUUUAAACCUUCUUCAAGCUCUAAUUGGAGCCUCUGUUCUACUUCUCCAUCAUCUUCUUCAUCUUCUUCUUCAUUUCACCGAAAAUGGUUUGUGCCAAAGAGAUCUUCUUUCAGUUUUGGGAUUGGUGCAAAUAUGAGGAAUCCGGAGAACAUGGACAAAGGAAGGACUGGAAUUGAAAACGUCAUUGACAUGUUUGGUUCUGAUGAAGAGUCUGGCACUAAAAUACCAACGCAAGCACAGUCUAUUGUGGAGGGGUCAAGCACAGUAAUGAUGUCUGAGUUCAAACCUGCUCGCGAUGUUGAUUAUAUACAGGAGCUGUUAGCUAUUCAGCAGCAAGGGCCAAGAUCAAUUGGAUUUUUUGGAACCAGAAAUAUGGGCUUCAUGCAUCAAGAGCUAAUUGAGAUACUUAGCUAUGCUAUGGUUAUCACAAAAAACCACAUAUAUACUUCUGGUGCCUCAGGCACUAAUGCCGCUGUCAUUAGAGGGGCUCUAAGAGCCGAGACACCAGAACUGCUUACUGUAAUUCUACCUCAAAGUUUGGCAAAGCAGCCUCCAGAAAGCCAGGAGUUGUUGGCUAAAGUAAAGAAUGUCAUUGAGAAGCCAUACAAUGAUCACUUACCUUUGUUAGAAGCCAGCAGGUUAUGCAACAUGGACAUCAUUUCACAAGUUCAGCAGGUUAUUUGUUUUGCAUUCCAUGACAGCAAAUUACUCAUGGAAACAUGUCAAGAAGCGAAGAACCUCAGAAAGAUUGUAACUCUUUUUUAUUUAGAUUGAGUAAAAUCAGAGAUAGCAAACUUUCUUUUGUUUGUUCAUAUAUUAUUUUGGAAGGUGAAAAGAGAGAUUCUUAUGAAUAGAAAAUCAGUUAAACAGUUCUCGCUAUGCCGGUGGACCAAUUUCUAGGAGAGAAAUGGUUGUUUAGCAUUCUAGAAUAGAAGAUUAUACAAACCAAUUGAAUUUUUUCUUGCAGAUUGUUCUAUUCAAAGGAACCCAUUUGCUCCUUGUC